AGAAUCAUGAAGUCGGUUAACAAAAUUGAUAAUUUGCUGAUUUAGUUGAUAGAUUGAGCAAAAUUUAAGGUAUAUCUGGUUUCAAUGACCAAAUAUGAAACAGGAUUGUCUGGGAAAUAUGUUUGCACGUGGGUUAAAUUUAACCGAUGGAUCAUCAGCUUGACUAAAAGACACAGUAACCUCUCAUUGAGGUGAUAGACAAUCACAAAUCUCUUUUUACUCUUUGAUAUUUUAAAUAGAUGAAAUCUGAAAAACGAAAUUCCUUGACAUGAACUUGACUUAUAGUCAAAGAGUAAGCUCUUUGCCAAUAAUUGAUCUAAAAUGGUCGUUUAUUACUCUUUGUGUAGAGAUCUGUGUGUAACACGCUAUUAAUUAAAACAAUUAUAUUUUUACUUUUAACUUUUAUACCAUCGAUUUACUUUCUAUUUUCAGUGUCUAAACUACCAAAAUAUCUUAUUAAACAAGCAUCUACCGUUGGAGAUCUUCCGUUACAUAAUUUUGACUCAAUCUGCCUGGUGUUUUGGUUAUGAAAAUUGGUUUUCAUUUUUUUGUGUUUCAAAUAUGUCUGGAUCAAAUUUGUUAAAGCCAUUGGAACGACAAUUACAAAUAGCUUUCCCUGAACUACGUGAUCAGCGAGCUCAACGAGCAGCAUCAGCCAUCCAGCAAGCCUGGAAACUUUACAAAAACCGAAAAAGGAAACGUUUGACUGCAGCCUUAGCUAAAUCAAAAUGCAACUGUACUCUAUGUUAUUUCCGUGACCUUUGUAAACGACAUCGACUUUUGUAUCUCAAUAGAUGUGCUACAUUUAUCCAAGCCACAUGGUUAGGCCAUCAUACUCGGAAAGUAGCUCUUCGAGAUCGGGAUUUUCGCCUAAUUUAUCGAGCUUUACAAACAGCCAAUGCCUCAGCAACUGAAGAAACUAAAUUAGGAUAUCGAUUCCAGACUGCACUGACCAAGUUGUCCAACAACUCUCGAGGAAUACACAUUGAAGGUGAUUUGUCCACCAUGGAGAUUGUUACGUGAUUGUCACCUGAAUGUUGUCUUAAAGCCGCCCAAUCGAAUGUAAUCAACAUGAUGAUACAUAUUCUUAAUGAAGCAAAUCGAAGUGAAGCUCAUAAACCAAGAAUUAUCUCAUCAAUCAGCAUUCUCGUUAAUAUCGCCAAGUUCUCAAAGUGUUCCAAGUAUAUCAACGAUGGAGAGGUUAUAGCAAACGUUUGUCUCAGAAUACACAAAAAAAGUGAUAAAAUAUUACUCGGAUGUGCGACUCUUUUAGCCUUAAUUUUGAAAAGCUCACAACUCCACCAUCAUAAUUGGUGCAUGAAUAAUUUCAGUCAACUAGAUAUCCUCCGUUUAUGAGCCUUCCAGUUAUUAUUGAUAGAUUGGCAAGUUGGUUUCAUAAAAAAGAAAAGAAAUUUUCCAAAUCUAAAUUUCGCUCUGAUUCACGAAGCCAAACACUUUUCCGUUGUUAACGACUAGUCAUUGACAAAUUAUUAAUCUAUGGGAAAUUAUUUUUCAUUGCAGAUGACUAUUAACCAAGAAAAAAGGAGCUUAAUCAUUUAAUUCAAAUCAUUUAUUUCUAUUGAAUCAUCGAUAAUCCUUGAUGAAUAUCCUAAAAGCUAUAAUAUUCAAAUUGCUAUCAGAAUUCUGUUAUUUUCAACUGAAAUCCAAACUCAGCAAAUCGAGUCGAAAGACCAAUUGCAAAGCAAUACUAAAUCUACAAUGGACUCAUCAGUACUCAUUAGUCACUAUGGACUCAUUAGUAAAUCUCGCUUGAUUCACAGAUCAGGUUCACCAGUGAUUGUCUUUUCAAUGAGACAUCGGAUAAAUUUAUUUUCAUCAAUUCUGUGUUCACAAAACAAAAAAUAUUGAAAAAUUUUGUCAAUGUUUUGAUCCAAUGAAAUGAGAAGUCUCAUUCGCAGACAUUUUCAUGGAGACAGCAAAGUGAUAUUUAAACUUCAAAAUGAGACUGCCAUCUGCUUCAAAAAAAAUAUCAACUCAUUAUUUUAACGCAUUCAAUGAUUCAUUGAUUGUUUAUCGACGGAAUUUUUUGUACCAAUUAGUUCAGCUAAUCACUUUGUUUCUCAUAAGUAUCAUCAAUAUUAUCAUAAUAGCAUAAGAAUUUAAAACAGCAUAAACUAAAGAAAUGGCUGAAAUUAAGAGUGAGAAUGUUUUCGUCCAUUGAUUGAAAUACGAGACAAAUUGGUUGAAAUGUAAAGCCAAUCAAUAUAACAAAAUGUAUCAGUGAUAAAUAAACUGGAGCCAUUUCAAUAUAAGUAUUGAAGAUGAAUAUUUUAAACAAAUUGUUCAACUGGAUGUCAAAUGAAAACAUCAAAAAAUAUCCAAAAGUGUCGAUGAAUUCAUUCUCAUCUCGAUUUAAUCUGAUUGUUUCAUCGACAAAUGGUUUACUAGGAAAUGGUUUGUUUAUUUUGUUGUUUGUUUCAACUCAGUUGAAAUUUUGGGUCAAAUUAGGCUACAUUUCACUGGAUUCAACAUUUUCGGUUCACCCAGAAACCAUAAUCUACUGUUUCAUUGAAAUCUAUCUCUUAAGCCUUUUUCACUUUAAAUUUAAUGAAAAAUUUCUGCACCAAGUUCACCAAAUAUGGAAAUCCUUAAACAUUGACUCUGACCAUUCAACUCGACGUUAUUUUUGGACCAAAGAAUCAAGUUACCGUAAAAUGAUCACAAUUAGUUACUUUUCUAUGGGAGUCUCCGUACUGUUAGUACAUGCAGCCUCUUGGCCUUAUGCAUCGGUUAGUCCAUCCGAGUACUCUAUCGAAAUGCUAUUGAGCGAACCAUCAGUCAAAUUUUGGUCUGAAAUGCUUUCAGAUAUUGUUCUUUAUCCAGUCUGUCUGAUGCAGGAUUUUAUUAUCAUUGAUUCUGCAUUUCUGGCUCAAUCUGCUCUCCAUUACAUCAACAGUCAACUUGUUAUUAUUGAUAAACAGUUGAAGAUGAACGAUAUGAAAUUGGACAUUAAAGUUAUUCAGGAUUUGAGAGUGAAAUAUGUGUUAACUCAUCGUUUGGUAAAAAGAUUGGGUUCAUUCGUGAAUCCCUGUUUAUUUGGCAUAUUUUCAUAUUACGUCUCAAUUUUGAAUGUCAAAAUAUACAAAAUACUGUUCAUCGAACACAAUCAGUUCUAUUUAACUAUUGCAUUAAUUAAUUGUGUCGGCACGAUCACUGAAUUGUUUUUACUUAUUAUACCAAUUGCUACAAUCACAACAAAAUCUCGUGAAUUUCAUAAGGCUUUGUACAAACUAACCUUUAACACUGAUUCAUUUCACUAUCUAAAUGAGGUGCACAUUUCUCGAGUUUUUCAAUCUUCUGCUAAAACAAUUGAUGGCUUUGCUUUUUCUUGCAGAUUUCUCUAUCGGAUGAGCUUCAAUAAUAUUGGAUUCUCGUUUGGAGGUAUUUUCAUGAUCACACCAGAUUUCAUAUCGUCAUUGAUUGCUGUAACGGUUACGAUCAUUAUUGCAAUUCCAUCAUUUAUAUCUUGA